AAUCGGUGAACUUCAUGCCGCAUUUAUUGUAUCGAUCAAAUAUUUACCAGACCUUAUUGUGGAACCGAUCCUCCCAUCGUUACUCCGUACUAAUAUGGCGAGCACGGGUCUUGGACAGCCACAACAGCUUCCAUGUAAGGAGACCCAAACCACCCAUUAAUGUGAACAUGGAUCCGUAAGAUAGUCACCAGACUCAUGUCAUGUAAGAUGCAACAAGGCAGAUGAAGUUCGAGUUGGGCCUUGCAGGGCCGGUUAGCAGCGGAGGGGAGCGAAUCACAGUUGCGUUGAUUUGUGGCCAAAGCGCAAACCUAAAGAGGUUUACAACUUUUUUGGUGUGCAAGCGAAACCCAGGCGGCGCUGCCCGCACCCCCCUUCCUUCGCCAUCAGAAAGCCAGCUCCCCAAAAAUUUUCUAGGUUCCUGCUUUCCCUUUCCCACCACCAUUUCACACCCACCUUGUGAAAAACUCCAAGGAGGAAUCGUCUUCUACCGACAGAUUCCCUUGUUUUCACACGUAAUUCCGCCGGUAUCUCUCCUUCUCAGGGGCUUCGCAUCCAGAGAACAGAGAUAUACAUCUCCACUCUUCUGCUUCUCAAUUGCGAAGACGUUGGAUUUCGCGCGAGAUCUCCAACACGGUCGCUGCCAGGUCGCCUCCUUGGUUCCCUUGCGACAACCCACCCACCACACUCUUUCACCAUAGAGUUUUUUCGUCGCUCAGCCACCCGAUUCCUUCGAGUGUUUCGCGAUCCUUCACCGACUGGUACAUAGUGCGCAGUUAGAAGUCGAUAGACGAUCGAUCAUUCACUUCUGUCUGCGCAACA